AUGACUAACCUUACCCUUACAAACAUCAUAUAUACAAAAAAGUCCAACGUUUUACACCUCGAAAAAUCUAUUAAAGUCAAUAUUUUUAGACCAUUAAACUUGUCAUUAACCUGCAAAGAAUGGUCAAACAUCGCAAAAGAUCCAUACACUAAAACCGAGUGGUUAAUAUACCAGUUCGGAAAUGACGAAUCUUUUGACGAAGGAGGAGAAAUCAUGGAAAUUGAAAAGAGUUUCGUCCCGUUUCCACUUAGACCAAGGAGUUCUCGAACAAAAUUAGUGGAAUUGUGGAGGGAAAUAGGAUACGAAGAAAUUU